CAUGAUGCUUGUUUGCUUUCAAUGAGUGUGAGAAGGAGGCGGAGGAGGAAAAGGAGGAGGAGGCGAAGGAGGCGGGGGGAGCCAGUUCUCCCGUCCGGCCCGCGGCAGGAAACAAAGAGCCAGGCCGGCAGCUCAGAGACGGGGAUGCUGCAGUUACAGCUCUUCUAGUGGUCAGCCAUAUAUGGCUUCCAAUGUGGACUUGACUAGGAGUACUGCAAAUCUGAUGUCAGAGAGUGCAAAAUCCACAGAAGCAUGACAUUUCCUUAAUUCUCUGGCACACUUUUACUGGAAUGCCCAAAGAAAAGUACGAUCCACCUGAUCCACGGAGGAUGUACACAAUUAUGUCCUCAGAGGAAGCAGCCAAUGGGAAAAAAUCACACUGGGCAGAGUUGGAAAUAAGCGGAAAAGUAAGAAGCCUGAGUUCAUCCUUGUGGUCACUGACCCACUUGACAGCUUUGCAUCUCAGUGACAAUUCCUUAUCCCGUAUUCCUUCAGAUAUUGCCAAGCUUCAUAACUUGAUAUAUUUGGAUCUUUCAUCUAAUAAGAUUCGCAGUUUACCAGCUGAGCUCGGAAACAUGGUGUCACUCAGGGAACUCCAUUUAAAUAACAACCUGUUACGAGUUCUACCAUUUGAGCUGGGAAAACUGUUCCAGUUACAGACCUUGGGUUUGAAAGGAAACCCACUUACACAGGAUAUUCUGAAUCUUUAUCAGGAACCAGAUGGAACAAGAAGGCUACUGAAUUAUUUGCUUGAUAAUCUGGCAGGUACUGCAAAAAGAAUUUCAACAGAACAGCCUCCGCCCAGAUCUUGGAUUAUGCUGCAAGAACCGGAUCGGACAAGACCAACAGCUCUCUUCUCUGUUAUGUGUUACAAUGUUCUCUGUGAUAAAUAUGCUACUCGGCAGCUAUAUGGAUAUUGCCCGUCAUGGGCAUUGAACUGGGAAUACAGGAAAAAAGCUAUAAUGCAAGAGAUUUUAAGUUGUAAUGCUGACAUCAUAAGUCUUCAGGAGGUUGAAACUGAGCAGUACUACAGUUUUUUCCUAGCAGAAUUGAAAGAACGUGGGUACAAUGGAUUCUUUAGUCCAAAAUCCAGAGCUAGGACAAUGUCUGAACAAGAAAGAAAGCAUGUUGAUGGUUGUGCAAUAUUUUUUAAGACAGAAAAGUUCACCUUGGUUCAAAAACAUACUGUUGAAUUUAACCAAUUGGCUAUGGCAAACUCUGAAGGAUCGGAAGCAAUGCUGAACAGAGUCAUGACAAAAGAUAACAUUGGGGUUGCUGUGCUGUUAGAACUACGAAAGGAAUUAAUAGAAAUGUCAUCUGGCAAGCCAUACUCUGUAAUGGAUAAACAGCUGGUUCUGGUAGCAAAUGCACAUAUGCACUGGGACCCGGAAUAUUCUGAUGUGAAGCUGGUUCAGACAAUGAUGUUCCUUUCUGAAGUAAAGAACAUAAUUGACAAAGCCUCACGGAAUCUCAGGCCUGGUGCUUCAGGGGAACAUGCAACAAUUCCACUUGUACUAUGUGCAGAUUUGAAUUCUUUGCCAGAUUCUGGUGUGGUUGAAUAUUUGAGCACUGGUGGCGUAGAAACAAAUCAUAAAGAUUUUAAGGAACUGAGAUAUAAUGAAAGUCUCACUAACUUCAGUUAUAAUGGGAAAAAUGGAACUACCAAUGGAAGGAUUACUCAUGGUUUCAAGUUGAAGAGUGCCUAUGAGAAUGGUUUGAUGCCUUAUACAAAUUACACAUUUGAUUUCAAGGGUAUUAUUGAUUACAUCUUCUAUUCUAAACCUCAGCUGAAUAUUCUUGGCAUCUUAGGACCUUUGGAUCAUCAUUGGCUAAUAGAGAACAAUAUAAGCGGCUGUCCGCACCCGCUCAUUCCUUCUGACCACUUCUCACUUUUUGCACAACUGGAGCUGGUGCUGCCUUUCCUGCCCCCGGUAAAUGGAAUCCAUCUGCCUAGCAGGAGGUAGUCAAGUACAUUUUAGAGGACAACCUCAAUGUAAUUUGUAAAAUUGUAAAAUCUGAAUAUAGAGGAGUGAGGUAUGGCCAACAGGGAUCUUUCUUAAUGAUCUUAAUUUUAAAUCUAAUAAUUUGAUAAAGAAAUAGUAAAAGCCAGGUGCUAUCAGACACACAAUUCUGAGCCCAACAUGCUUUAUAUACUGUUAGACAGGGAUUGGUGCAUUGGCACCUUUCUUAGAUUUGUUACAAGUAAUCUGUUUGUUUUAUCCAAUGUAAUAAUUCAUGCCUUGAAAAUAGGGAAUUACUAUAAUAAAUUCUCUUUUGCACAGAUAUCUGUAGCACUACUUUUUGAGGCCAGUAGUUAAAAAUCAAAAGACCAUUCUUCCAUACUUCACUCCCUUCUUUUUCAGACUUGUUUGUUUGUAAAAUAUAGAAUUUGAAUUUAGCCUUUAUUGAUUGUAUAUGAACAACAGAAAACCUGAUUUAUGAGAUUUUGUACUUUAAAAAAAUCAGAUUUGGAAAAUGAUUGUAUUGUAAACUAAGGCUAAAUUUUUAUCUGUUUCAUGUGUUAUAAAGGCCAGCUUGUAAAAGAAGUUGCACCAGAUUUUCUCUGCUAAUGAUUUGCACUGUUAGGGCUUUUAGCCCAUAUGUACUACUUCAUUUUUUUAAUUGAGAACACUGCUUUUAAAUCUGAAUUUGCUAAAUUCAUAGUUAACAUGCAUCCAUUUCUUUUUUUUUCUUUUAACUUAAAGUGGCAACUUUCACUUGUUUUGGAACAGAUAAGCUAAGCAGUGUCUGAUUAGGCUUUGUGGAUGGAUAGCCCUCAUCAAUAUGAUCACUCUAACAUUUUUCUGUCAGAAGUGGGUCAGCAGAACAUUGUGUACAGCUCUUUAGUUUCUGUGUUGAGUCACCAAUUUCCUAUCUCCACUGUGCCUGCUUGAUUUUGUUCUCAAUUAGCACUGCCUGUGCAUGCAGAGGGAACCUGUGCAUCCUCUUUUAUUUUUAAAAAUAAUGUUAACAUUUUGUGAAAAUUUUAUGAAGAUACUUUUGUAUAAGCUGUGGCAUCUAUUUUUUUUUCUUUUGUGAAGCGUUGGAAUAUCACUUUUUUGAACAUGCUCAGAUGGUGGGUACACAAAUUCUAAGCUUCUGGUAUACCCCUGCACUGCUUCUUUCAAUGUCAUUGCAUAACGCUCUGUUUCUUUCCUAUCCUCACUCCCCCACUAAAUACCAUCAUGUGAAUUCCUUUUCAAUUUAACUGUAUUCCUCAGUCGCCAUUCCUUGAAGAUUAAGUGUACCGUCUUCUAUUUUAUGAAGCAGUGUAAUUAGAAAUGCAUUUUCAGUACAGGUUCCCUAGACAACAUUUCAGAUCAAUCAUUAAAGUGACCAAGUCCUUUUCUGUAAAAGUGUCAACAAAAAUAAAAUUGUGUACCCACAUAGUGCCAUUAGUGUUUGAAGGCCAUGUGUGUGUUUGUAUACACACACACAAUCUGUUCUAAAGGGGAAUUUUAUUGAAUCCUUAGCAGGCAUACCUUCAAUAUUACCUUAUAUAAAGAAAGAACUUGGUCAAACUGCUUUUGUUUCAACUGCAGGCAGAGAAAUAAAAGCUCGUUCUUGUAUUGAAAUUCUGAAAAUAAUGACUUAAAAAAAAAUUAAAAUGGAUCUUAAUAAUUGAAUAUUUUAUAAAGAGGAAAUUAUCUGCACUUAGAAGUGCUUAACCAUUUUGUUUUGAAGAGAACAAUAAAUUUGCUAUUCAUGUUUAAAACAUUUUAAAGUUUCAGUAGAAAAAGGGUAGAUCUUGAAUCCUUGUCUAGGACCUGAUUUUUUCUUUUGUUGUGUUUUUUUUCUGUUAUUCAAACACCAAACAUGUCCAGUUUAUAAUCAGUACAUCAGAAUGCUGGUAACAAUUGAUGUAGUAGAUUCAAUGAGUAGUGUUGGUUUUUUGUUCUUUUUUUUUUUGGUUGGGGUUAUUUUGUAAAAGUGUGAAUAAAAGGUGUUUUACUCAUCUUUCUUUAACAAUGUGUUGGUAAUGUAUGUCAUGACAAUUUUCUAUGGCAGUGGAACCAAUUUAGCUUGUCAUAUUUUGCAACUCUUUUGUUUCCUGAUCAUCUGGAUUAUUUAGUAGUAUGUCCAGAAAGCUUUAUAGAAGGGAAGCACUUAUACAUUUUAUAUUUCUUGGAAGGAGUUGAUUUUUUUCCAUUUAAGUUGGAGCUUGAGUGCACUUGGUAAAUCUUAAAGGUUUAAGCUUUACAAAUCUAUUUUCACCUUUAGUUGUUCAGUCUUAAAUACAUAUCUGUAUGAAUUUGUGGUAGCAUAUUCAAUGCUUACAAGCCUAUUCAGGUGCUCUUCUAUUCUUGCCUGGGCAUAUUGCAGUCUCGGAGCUGCUCAAUUUAAUUGUCUAUGUUUGGAUAAGAAGAUGAAGAAUGAGAUCUCACAAGAAACAAUAGAGCCCCUUUGGCAUCAGUGGACCUUUGGUCAGAUCCUGCAGCAAUGAAUUGAAGCUCACUUUGAGGAAAUAUUCUGCAACUUUGCUGAAUGAUAUGUUAAUUGCACCAAGUGUAAUACUAUUUUUAAGUAAUUUUCUGCAUCAAACAAAUCCAGACAUUUAAUAAAUAAAUGCAAUAAACUAUGUCUUCACAAAAUGCUGAUUUCCAGUAACUUUAACACUUUAUUUACUUAAGGUGGCUUUGGAUGUUGCCAUAAUAUAUGUUCAGUAUUUCUUAUUAAUGUAAUCACAUAUAUUAAAUCAAAAGCAGAGAGCAUUGCUGGGCAUGAGGUGUCCUCUCCCUGUCCCCUAGUUUAAGAAAAGAACCACAUAUAUCUGUUUGAUUCUGAAAUGCACAUACAUUCAGUUGUUACGAAACUUAAAUGGAAAAUAUACAAUGUUAGGGAUUCUGAAAUGUUAAGAUCACCGGGAAAAAUAUCUAGGAUAUGUGUGUAAUUAUUUUGUCCCUGUUUAUUUGUGGGUUUAAAAGAUACAAGUCUCCACUGUAAAACUAACCAUUCAGAAUACAGACUUGCACCCACUUAUGUAAAUCUCUGAUAAAAUUAUAUGAAUUUUGCUGUGGCUUAAGUAUAGAAUAGUAGGUUCAGAUGUCAAGUUCUCACUUCAUCCAUAGGACAAAGAACUCAAAGACAAAAUAAUUGCACUACCAUUUUUCAACAGAGUUAAUCACUGCAAAUUUCCAAGUCAAAUUUAUUGCUUAAGUAGUGAGUCUGUUUUAUUUUCCCAUCCAGCCUGACACAGUAUUUUAGUAUAUGUUAACUCCUGCUAUACUUUUCAGUUGUGUAAGCUUCUUUAAAAUGUAGGUAUCUUGGUAUGUUUAAGUAGUGUCUAAAUUUUAGAUAGUCUCUAUUCACAGUACUUCUGUAUAACGUGUAAUGCACUGGACUAACUCUUGUUUACCAUAUGUGUAACAAAAAAAAAAAACCAGCACAUCAUCUGCACUAAGCUCAAAGAAUGUUGCAUUUGUCUAUAGGCAGCUCUUCAAUAUGAUAAAUGGGAAAUUUAAUAUGGUCUGAUGGUAAACAAGGGCUUUUACUGUUCUCUUCAGUGGAACUUUCUUCUUGGUCAAAUUUUAACUAGCUAGUAUUAUAUUUAUAUACAGGGUUGUCUUUUUUUCUUUACCAAUGUAUUUUCCUACUCAUAGCUGACCAAUAAAUUCAAUAUCUGUUUCAAAUCUC